AGCAAUCGUUCAACGGAUUUUAAUGAAACGCAUACAUUCAUAUAUUCACAGUAAAAAAAAAUUCAAAACCACAAUUUCUGCCUCUAACACCAAAAAAUAUUCUCAUAUAUUCAGUGAAUAAAGAAGUAUUCAAAAACACAAUUUUUACCUCUAACACCAAAAAAAUCGAUAUACAUUGUACACGUAAAUUUCAUUCACAGAGAAAUACAGCCCUAUUCUGAAAAAACCUCUCAACUGAGUUGAGAGGAAAAAUUAGAGAGAUUUCUUGUGAGGCAUAUUUUGUGAGGCUACUCUUGCUCAAACCUCAUAAGAAAAAAGCUAAAAAAAAGUCACCACGAGAGGUAAAAAGCUUUUUGCUGUCAAACAGCUGUUUUAAUAAAAAAUAAGCAAACAAAAAUGGACACACAAAUGGAUAAUCAGCAUAUGCGUACAAAAACGGAAAGGACAACUCAGGAGCAGCUGCAACAUUACAUAAUGUUUUGCAAGCAGCAUCCUGAGUUGCAACGGGGGAAGCUAUUUCCGACCAACCCUCAAGGGCUGCAAAUACUUUGGUCGGAGUUAGCAGAAAAUUUAAAUGCCUUAAGAGGUCCAACUCGGUCGGUAGCCAAGUGGAGGGAGUCCUUAAUGCAUUGGAAACAUCAGUUGCGAUCGCGAGCGCGCAAACUGAAGGCACAUGCGCAAGCGACUGGUGGAGGCCCUCCGAUAAAUGGAAUGACUGAAUUCGAGGAGCAAACAAUUACAACUUUUGGGGCAGCAGCGGUGGAUGGAUUGCCGGGUGUUGCGACUUUGGGUCACCAGCUCAAGCUCCAGCUUCCUCGCCAACAGUCGCAUCGCCUGCUCCAGCUUUUCCUGUUCUUUCCAUAAAUUUUUCUUCCUCACCAUCACCUCCAGAUUCCUUAUCUCCUCCCAUCUUAUCUUCUCCUAUGCCAUCGCCUUCUUACAUCCCUUCUGAAAAAUUGACUGCAGCGAAGAUGCUUGGAGCAAUGCUACAAAAAAUGGAGGAUCAAGAAAAGCGAGAAGAGGAGGCCAUUGCUCUAUACAGGAAAAUUGUAGAGCAAAACGUGCAGAUGACAGGGGUGCUGCACCAAAUGACACAAGCACUAACCUCGCUGUCAGAGGUUAUGGCUAAAUUGUCUGAAAAAUUAAAUAAGUAAUAAUAAAAAUAAACAAGAAAAAACGUUAACUUCGGUUGCACCGAAGCUAAAUACCCUUCACAGGUGCAUUUCUGUUAGUAACUAUGUGUUCAGUUUGUAUGGAAGCUAUAUGCUAUAGUAAUCCGUUGUAAACAAGUUUUUAGAGAUUACAUUGAUGCCUUAAAAAAUAACAUAUAUCAAAUUUCGUCAAUAUAUUUUGUCAAAUGUGAAAGUGGUUCAUACAAGAACUUAACAUAACUUAUAAAAUAACAUAUACCAAAUUUCGUGAAUAUAUCUUGUCAAAUGUGAAAGUUUUUUAUACAAGCAUUUGAUUCCGAUCGUUCAGUUUGUAUGGCAGCUAUAUGUUACAGUGGUCCAAUAUCGGCCGUUCCGACAAAUGAGCAGCUUCUUGAGGAGAAAAUGACGUUUGCAAAAUUUCAAAACGAUAUCUUAAAAACUGAGAGACUAGUUCGUAUAUAUACAGACAGACGGACAGACGGACAGACAGACAGACGGACAUGGCUAAAUCGACUCAGCUCGACAUACUGAUCAUUUAUACAUAUACUUUAUAGGGUCUCCGACGAUUCCUUCUGGGUGUUACAAACUUCGUGACAAACUUAAUAUACCCUGUUCAGGGUAUAAAAAGAAAAGGGCAUCACUGAUCCUCUCCACAUCCAACGGUUUUUGUUCCUGUUUCAUUUUGUACCCAAGGGAAGGUGAAGCUGUGAUGGCACUUGUUCCACACAGUUCCAAAAAGGCACGUACGCCGACACACGUGCGCCCCGGUCAGUUCACCAACACCGCAACAAAAAAGGAAAAAUUUAAAUUUAUUUAACAUUCGAAGCCAGACAUUUUUAACGUUACGAUAAACGUAUAGUGAAGAAGAUAUUGUGAAACUUAUAUAGUGAAGAAGCGAUUGUAGAGCUUAUAUAUGUAGCUCAUCAAGAUAUUUUAAAGUUUACAUACUAGUGAAGAAGCGAGAUUGGAAAGUCCAUAGUGAAGCAGAAAUAUUGUAACGUUUAUAUAGUGAAGCAGAAGUAUUGUAAAGCUUAUAUAGUGAAAAAGAGAUAUUGUAAAGAAUAAAUACGAAGAGAUACUGUGAAAUUUCUAUUGUAACAAAAAUGGAAUAAAAUAAAAUAUACUAAAGCGUUCCUGUACCCUAAUAAUUUGUGAACAAAAUAAAUAUAUUGGUUUAAUAACUGUAUUUACCCCCAGUCCAGAAAUAAAUGACACAAAAAGGUGUGGAAUUCAAAA